AUGGCGGGCGAAGCCUUUCUCCAGCUGAAGAAGAUGCUGACUACGCCGCCUGUUCUGGCGGCUCCGGCUGCUAAGGAGCCGAUGCUCCUCUACAUCGCCGCCACCAGCUGGGUGGUCAACACUGUCAUUGUGGUAGAGCGCCCAGAAGACGGAAGAGCACAGUUGGUUCAGAGGCCUGUGUACUAUUUUAGUGAGUCCCUUCAGCGCCUCCUCAAGCCGUCUAUCAAGCCUUCACUGGAAUCAGAGUCUAUCUUCAUGCCGGCCGCCCCCGGAGCAGUCGGAUCGAACUCAGGGGCUGCAUCAGUUGGCCCGGGGACUUCGGCAGGCGGCUCGGGGGCAGCAGCAGUCGCACCUGGCCCGGGGACUUCAGAGCCCGGCCCGGGGGCUACGACAGUUAGCCCGGGGACUUCAACAAUGCAGCAAGUGGCGGCCGACUCCACCCCGCCGCCUCCCAACCCAAGCGCCCUAGUUUCAGUGGCCGUGAUGACAGUGAAUGAAGUCGAAGCACCAUCAUGGGCGCAUCCCAUCCUCAACCUUCUGGUGAGCGGCGAGCUACCAACCGAUGAGAUUUCGGCCCGGCAGGUGCAACACCGGGCGGGAGCAUACACGAUAGUAAACAGAGAACUUGUCAGGCGCAUCGUCACUGGUGUGUUCCAGCGCUGCGUGGAGUCAGGGAAGGGCAAAGCAAUCCUCAGAGACAUCCACCAAGGCGAGUGUGGCCACCACGCGGCCUCCAGAUCCCUUGUCGCCAAAGCCUUCCGCCACGGUUUCUUCUGGCCGACUGCUCUAGAAGACGCCAAAGAUUUGGUCAAGAAAUGCAAGGGGUGCCAGAAAUUCAGCUCCAAGCAACAUCUGUCGGCUUCUGCACUCAAGACCACCCCCCUCACUUGGCCCUUUGCUGUGUGGGGG